ACAUGUAUUGACAAUAGUUGUUGCAAUACUAUCAACAUUGACACUACUUUCAUUGGGCUUAUUGGCUAUCAUCUUCAUAAGGAGAAAAUUAAAGAAGUCACGCCAUAACAACCAGCUCCAAAAUUCAAAACCUCCCUCCCGGAGUUUUACCUUUUUUGGAACCUCCAGCUUCCAAUAUCCGCUAUCCAAGUCCAAAUCAGAAGCUCAAAAAACUUCAUUUAGAAAAGAAGUUUCAGGAUUUGAAUCAGAAAAAACAAUGAUUUUUACCAUUGAGGAGAUCCAAGAGGCUACGGCUAACUUCGAUGAAUCUCGCAAGAUUGGAGAGGGUGGAUAUGGAACUGUUUACCAUGGAGUAUUAAAUGAACAGGAGGUUGCAAUUAAGAAAAUGAAAUCUAAUAAAUCCAAAGAGUUCUUCGCAGAAUUAAAAGUUCUGUGCAGGAUCCAUCAUAUUAAUGUGGUGGAACUUUUAGGAUAUGCUAGUGGAGAUGACCAUUUGUAUUUGGUUUAUGAGUAUGUUCAAAAUGGAUCGCUUAGUGAUCAUCUACAUGAUCCUUUGAAAAAAGGAUACCAAGCUUUAUCAUGGCCUACAAGAACACAAAUAGCUCUGGACACAGCGAAGGGUAUUGAGUACAUUCACGACCAUACUAAAGCACGAUAUGUUCACCGUGAUAUCAAGACGAGUAAUAUCCUUCUUGAUGAAAGCCUUGAAGCGAAGGUUGCAGAUUUUGGACUAGUAAAGUUAGUUGGACGAACAAACGACGAGGAGCUCGUAGCGACCCGACUGGUCGGAACACCGGGCUACCUUCCUCCAGAAUCUGUAAAAGAGCUACAAGUGACACCCAAAACGGACGUAUUUGCAUUUGGAGUAGUUUUGGCGGAGCUAAUUACAGGAAGAAGAGCUCUGGUUCGAGAAAGCCAAGAGCCAAAGAGAACCAAAUCACUAAUCACGCUUAUUUAUUCAAUAUUCCAAGGGGAAAACUCUGAGGCUGUUCUGGAAGCCGUCGUGGAUGAAAAUUUGCAUGGAAGCUACCCGAUGGAAGAUGUUUACAAGAUGGGGGAGAUAGCGGCGUGGUGUUUGAACGAAAAUCCGGUGGGGAGACCAGAGAUGCGUGAAAUUGUUCCUUUGCUGUCGCAGCUUAUGACGUCCGCCGUCGAGUGGGAGGCCUCACUCGGUGGUAACAGCCAGGUUUUCAGUGGCCUCUUCACCGGACGAUGAUCCAAAUUUCAAACUCAAAUUCCAUAUAUACCCUUUCUCUUCGUCUUUUAUCUUUUUUUAUCUUUUUUUUUUU